CGUCGGAAUGGUCUUAAAAGACUAUAAAAAGGGCCCUUCCUCACUAUACAUUUCUCAAAUUGCGCUCACUUCUCCAACUCGUCUGUGAUUUCAUCGCAAGGGUCUUUUUACAGAUAUGGCAUUGCCACCUGAUUCAGAAUUUCGUGGAGUGGCCGCUGCGAUUCCCCAGCCGGCUUCCGAAGAGGAUGCCCUCAAUCAGCUAUCACCAUAUAUAACUGGGUUAACACUAUACAACAAUGAAGGACCAAGGAUUCUAUAUCGGAACCCUGACAACGACCAGGAUAUCAUAGAGGCAGUGUAUCGGUGGGAUACGCGUCCCCAUCAAGAGAUUUUUGAGACAGGAUUUACUCCGCGGCCUCGAAGAUCGACACAAAGUUUGGCAAGUUACUACAGCUUAGAGCAGUUUGUAAACGGUGGAGGAAUCCCCGCAGAUACCUGUCCUGCAGAUGGUUCAGUGUUUGUUAGCACCACCAGAGCAGCUCGAUGGUAUCCACCGGUCACAAGAAAUUGCACGCUUUAUCGAUAUCAGAUAUUUGCCCCAGGGGGAAUCGAUGCGGUGCUAACCCUAGGCAACCGAAAUCGUUAUCGUAAUCAGCAGGAAAUUUCUUUUGCGGGUGGCAUUAGCCGUCAAUAUAUUCGAAUAGUACGUCCAUUUUCAGUUACAAUACAGCCCGGUUCGCGAUUCCCAAGAUACAGGGAAGAGCGAAAUCGCCUUAUCCGAAAUCGUUGGUUCGAACCGAAUCCAACUUUUAGGGGAUGGACUAAUCAGGAAUUUAUGAACCGUCUGAGAAAUCCUACGUGUAGCGGGCUAAUAAACAUCUAUCCAGCUGUUGAAAAGAGAGAUGCUAAGGACAAGCCACAUGAAGAAGAAAGUUAUGUCGACCCCGUUUGCAGUGUGGGACAUUACAUCGAGAGUGCAUUCAACUUCACCGACACAGAAGAGGCGUACCUGUUCAUUGCUGACAAGUGCCUGCUAAUCAACUAUGCUCCCGGCACCACGGAUGACAAAAUUAUUAAGGGACCCCUGAGCAUAGCCGAUGCCUUUCCCUGCCUGAAUGAUACUAUUUUUGCCAGUGGGAUUGAUGCUGCAUUUACUGCUUGCACAAAUGAGGCGUAUAUAUUUAGAAGUAAUAUAUAUGCACACAUCAGGUUUACGAAAGAUGGUGGCGAUAUUAUUUGGGGACCCAUAAGGAUCACUGAUGGCUUCCACUCUUUAAAAAAUACCGUUUUUGAAAAUGGUAUUGAUGCGGCUUUUGCCUCUCUCCGAGAAAAUCAGGCGUAUAUAUUUAAAGGUGAUCAGUACGCGCUUAUUGAUUUUGCACCGUACACACCAAAUAACAAAAUAAUUCAGGGACCCAAAAAGAUUACUCUCAGUUUCCCCUCUUUAAAAGGUACAAUUUUCCAGGAUGGUUUUGAUGCAGCGUUUUCAUACAAUAAAGAAGGAUGGUUUUCUACAAAAACAGAAGCUUAUAUAUUUAAAGGCAACACCUACGCUCGCAUUGAUUAUGCCCCUGGGACCACAAACGAUAAAAUUACUAAUGGACCGAUCACCCCGAUUAGUAAUGGUUUCCAUUCCUUAAAGGACAUCAUACCAAUGUAUCCAUGUGACUGUUAAACUGUCACUUUAUUACUAAACUAAAAUAAAGAGCUUGCUCUGCCAUGUGCAUCAUGUUAGAGGGCAAGCUUAGCUUUGCUCUACCAUUUGCAUUAUGCUAAGGAUUAAGCUCAUUAUGUUUGUGUCAUAUACCCAUAUGAAUCUAUUCUAAGACUCCAUAGUUCCGAUGUAAUUUGAAUUAGGGGCGGGGACUUGAACCUUAAUAUUACUCUAUGUGUAAGCUUUGUAGUCUCGAUGUAAUUUGGACUAAGGGCGAGGACUUAAAACUUAAUAAUAACUUUGUGUGUAAUCUCCAUGGUCCCGAUGUAAUUUGGACUAAAACUGGGGACUUGAAACUUAAUAUUAACUCUGUGUGUAAGCUUCAUAAUCCCGAUGUAAUUUGGACUAGGGGCGAAGACUUAAAACAUAAUAUUAUCUCUA